AGUGAUUUGGGAUGGAGGAGAAGGUGAAUUGUUGGACUAUUGAUGGCAAAGUUAUUUUAGUGACAGGUGGAGCAGCUGGUAUUGGUGCGGGAUUGGUCAGAAGUUUGUUGACGUUAAAUGCCAGGCACGUCGCGUUCUUAGACGUGUUGGAACGUGAAGGGGGAGCCCUAGAGGGAGAACUAUUGAACAAGUUCGGCGCCCUGAGAGCUAAGUUCAUAAAAUGUGACAUCUCAGACGAAGAACAACUUUCAGCCGCGUAUAGUCAAGUUUUGGACAAAUACAGAAGACUCGAUGCUGUUAUAAAUAAUGCUGCGGUUAUAUGUGAUAAAGAGGGUUUUUACAAGAAGACAGUUGAUGUUAAUUUUACUGCAACAGUAACCAGUACACUAAAAGCUAUGGAGGCGAUGAGAGCAGACCGCGGUGGUGGUGGUGGCGUUGUUAUAAACACGUCAUCAUUACUGGCGUUGAAACAAACCUCUCAUUCCCCCGUUUACACGGCCACAAAAACAGCUGUUCUACAGUUCAGCAAUUAUAUCGCAACCCAAGAAUCCUAUGACAAGACGAAAGUUCGCGUAAUCACAGUUUGCUUAGGACCAACCGACACUGUUUUGUUAUACAGGCAUAAUUCGAAGGACCCGCAAAACAUUGCCCAACAAGCCCCUGAGAGGCAAAGAGUAACAUCAGCAGUAACCGGCAUAAUGGACGUAAUUAGCCGGGCCGGCAGUGGAUCUACGUGGAUAAUCGCCGGAGAUAAACUCCCGGUUGACGUAACUAGAAACGUGAGGGAGGGUUUUCAGAUUAUUUCUAUGGCGACUGAUUUUGUGUAGCUUUUAAAUUUUAAUUAAACUUUUUAUAUUAAU